AUUAUUCAUGUCUUGCUGCCCAUUCGCGGGACACCCUUCGUUGCGGUCGUUUGAUCGGAGCUCUACUCCGGGCGUUGUUCUCUCGUGGCCAGGACAAGCUCUCCACUCUCCAGCAGCUCACCUCCUCCGUCUUCCACUCUGUCCUAUCCCCGGCCUAACCACGACCAGCGCAAAUCCACACCCAUAAUUCACCAAGAGCGCCAAAGCUCGAUUUACGUUUCCAAAUGUAUUUUCGAUAGAUUUGCGCAUACAGAUCAAGAAAAACCAAAAUGUUCUUCUUCGUAUUUGGCAAGCUUCUUUACGUCGUCGUCCUAAUUAUCAACGCUAUCGCCGUCCUCUCCGAAGACCGGUUCCUUGCCAGAAUCGGCUGGGGUCGUACUCAAUCCGACCCAGGCUUCGGCGCCACGCACGAUGACUCCAGCAUCAAAGCCAAGUCCGUGAAUCUGAUCGCCAGUGUUCGAACGGUUAUGAGAAUUCCCCUGAUCGCUAUUAACACCGUGAUAAUUCUAUACGAGAUUAUAUUGGGGUAAAAGAGAACCUUUCUCUUUUAUUUUCCCGGGAUGAUUUAUUUGGGCCACAACUCUUCAAUACCAUAGAAUAUGAACUGGGUUCUUUUCUCUUCUUUUAUCUUUUUCGCAGUUGUUUCAGCUUUUGGCAUGAAAGCUGCCUUGGGCGUUAAUGUCAAGCUUGUCUAUGGGGCAUUACAUGACGGCGUUGAUUCCAUGGUGGCAUUGACAUUAUGUAUAGAUAACAACUCUUGAUGUAUGGGAGCACCGGGCUUUGAAUGCCGGAAGGGGGUGUGCACAGAGGGGUGGAAUAUAUCAGAAACAAGAACUUGGUAACCAAAGUGGGAUCUCUCCAGACAGUCUAACAACAUGUUGUUGCUGCACACA